AAUAAUCAGACAUCCACUCUUAAAAUUAUUUGCGUUGCUCUCACUCACACUCUCCAUUCCACCUUAAAUACCAACUCUUCUCUUCCUCACUUUCCAUUCCACUCUCUCUCUCUCUCUCUCUCUCUCCGGACAGUCUCUUUUGCUGUACGCAGCUGAAGAAAAAAGAGUCAAGACAUGUCGAAGGACGUUGAGGUGGCGGAGCAACCCGGAUACUCAGCGAAGGACUACCACGACCCGCCGCCGGCGCGGCUGAUAGACAUGGAGGAACUGAGAAAGUGGUCAUUCUACAGGGCAGUCAUCGCCGAGUUCAUAGCCACACUCCUCUUCCUCUACAUCACCGUGCUCACCGUGAUUGGCUACAAGAGCCAGACGACCACCGAUCCGUGCGGCGGCGUCGGAAUCCUCGGCAUCGCCUGGGCCUUCGGCGGCAUGAUCUUCGUCCUAGUUUACUGCACCGCCGGUAUCUCCGGAGGUCACAUAAACCCGGCGGUGACGUUCGGGCUGUUCCUGGCGCGCAAGGUGUCGCUAUUCAGGGCGGUUUUGUACAUGGUAGCACAGUGCUUGGGCGCUAUCUGCGGCGUCGGUUUGGUGAAGGCGUUCCAGAAGUCCUACUUCGACAGGUACGGCGGCGGGGCCAACGAGGUGGCGUUCGGCUACAAAAAGGGCACGGCUCUGGGGGCUGAGAUCAUCGGGACAUUUGUUCUGGUCUACACUGUUUUCUCAGCUACCGAUCCCAAGAGGAGCGCCAGAGACUCCCACGUUCCUGUUUUGGCUCCGCUCCCAAUCGGAUUCGCAGUAUUCAUGGUUCACCUGGCCACCAUCCCAAUCACAGGCACCGGAAUCAACCCCGCUAGAAGCUUCGGAGCUGCGGUUAUCUACAACCAAUCCAAGGCCUGGGAUGAUCAAUGGAUAUUUUGGGUCGGACCGUUCAUUGGAGCCGCGAUUGCCGCGUUCUACCACCAGUUCAUUCUGAGAGCGGCAGCUAUUAAAGCUUUGGGAUCUUUCAGAAGCAAUGCCUGAGCCAUUAGAGAAACACAAUGGGAAAGGGUGCAAGAGUACUGUGAAAAUGGAAAGAAGGUCAUGGAGUUUGUAGAUAAAAAAAAUUUGCUUUGGUGAAAGGGUGCCUUUUGUGAUCUGUACAAGUAUUACUCCUUGUUUGUUUUCAACUACUGCAUGUGGGUGCAUGUAUCUAUUCUGGUGUUGCCAUCAUCAUCCAAUUUCCUCUGUUUUUUUCCCUCUAUUUUCUGCGUUUUCUCUCUCUUAAAUAAUACUACUACUUCAUGAAUUAUACGCGAUACCGAU